CUUAUCCUGUGGUCCUUAGGAAGUCAGUCGGUAGGUUUGUGUCCGGGUAGGUCCAAGUGGUGAGGAGUGGGACCUUUGUCGUGCACCUGACACCACCAUGGUAGACACCCGGCGCGGCACCUCCACCAUGUCGUACACAAAGGAGGAGGAGGCGAAGAUGGCCGCCAUCUUGCAGGAGAGGAAGGAGAAGAAGGAGGCCAAGAAGAAGGACUUGAAGGAGGAGCAGGUGGCCAAAUUGAAGAAGAUAGAGGAAGAGAUGGCCAGAGAGAAGGAUAGAAUAAAGAAAGAAAAAGAGGAGAAGCUGAAAGAGGUGGAAGUGGAAGAAGAUGAGGGACCGCCACUAGAAAGAAGGAGAGGGCACCACAGUGGCAACAGGGAUGAUGAGAUGGAGAAACAGAUUUCAGAGUGGGUUGCUAACUUGUCCUUGGGAGAGGAGGAAAAAGUGACUCUGUAUAUCCCUAAAGAUGACCAGGAAGCCGCCCUGAAGAAAUGGGAAGCAGAAAGGGAUGUGCUAAAGCGACAGGCGACGGAGGAUGAACAGAAGAUGGAGUGGAAACUUGCGAUGAUGAGAGAGAAGAAGAGAAGGGUGGAGACGGCGAGUGAGGCGGUCAAGGAAUUAGAAGAAGUGCAGAAACUAAGCCUAAAGUUGACUCCUCAGGUAGACCUCGAACGAAAGGUAGAGAUCCUUGCCCGGAGCGUUGAGCGGUUAGCAAAGAUACAAGAGCAGCAGUACGAAUUUGGCCGAAGCCAGGACAUAGCUGUGCGCUCGAUGCGAAUGGGAUUCCGGGACUUCGCGCGCGAACUAAUAGGAGCCGUAGGAGCCGAGGUGAAUCAUCGCCUCGAGAAGACAGAGCGUUUCUGCAUCGGCGCCAUUGAAGGCGUCAAUGUGGCAGCUCCCAAGGAGGAGGAACCACGCCCGCCUCGUAGAGAGUCAGUCAAGGUCAAAUUCCCUGAUUCCUAUAGUGGGAAAAGGGAUGAGAACUUUGACAAUUGGGAAGCCAACGUUAAGAUCUAUGUGCAUCUGCAACAGGUCUCCCCAGAUCAGCAUGUCCUGAUCGCGAUCCAUGCGCUUAAAGAUGAGGCCGCCAGUUCUGCAGGGUCCCUAGUGCGCGCCGCUAACUGCAAUGAUGAUCCAGUUGCCUAUUCGUCCUUUACCUCCCUCACUAAGUUUUUGAGAUUGAUGCGCGAGCGAUUUGCAGAUGUCGCUCAAAGUGUCAAGAACUCAGAUAGGCUCCAGACAAUCCACGCUCGUAAGUGGAAGAGUGUUAGGGCACUCAAGAGCAGGAUGGAUGAACUAAUCGCUGUUCCUGACCAUGGGGUCACAGACACCCAAUUGGUCGGCCUCUUCUACCGGGCUAUCCCCGAAGCCUUGCGAGGGCACUUCUUCGUGAAGAGCGAAGAUCCGGCCACUACCUAUGAUUCUUUUAGUCGUGAGAUGGUGGCCUUUGAAGCCAAGUCUGCAUCUAUGUCUACCUUUUGGCACAAAGACUUGAACAAGGGAAAACAAUGGAAAGGCCGCACUAUCUCAAGGCAGGUGAAGACUAAGGAUAGCCUUGUCCUAACUCUAGAUGAGGGUAGUUUGGAUGAGGUCCCCUACGACCAGAUUGAGUGGGGGUUAGAGGAAGAUGACAGCGGUGUGGGUCAGGGGAGAACUUACGCUGCUGUCGCGGCCGGAGGGAGGCCGCAAGGAGGAGGACGAGGCCAGGGCCAAGGGGGUCGGGCCUCAGGGAGCCGAUUUCAGGGCGAUCAAGGGGUUGGCGGCAGAGGAGAAAACCGUCAAGCGGGAGGUAGGGGUCAAGGUCCCCCGCAAAACCAUCCUAGAAACAGGUCUCCCUAUAGGGUAGGCGGAUGGCACCCAGGGCUACCUCAAGGUAAUUACUACCGGAAGUUCGUGAGGAACUUCUCCACUAUAGCUGCGCCCCUUCGCAGAUUACUCAGGAAGGAGACCAUCUGGAAGUGGGACAAGGACUGCACAUCUGCCAUGAAAAAGUUGAAGCAGGCAUUGAUCGAGUACCCGGUCCUUAAGGUAGCCGACCUGUCCUUGCCUUUUGUCAUCACUACGGAUGCUAGCCAGUACGGCAUAGGCGCGGUGUUGCAGCAAGACGAUGGCAAUGGGCAUAGACCCGUAGAGUUCAUGUCCGCCAGGAUGCCUUCAGAGAAGGUCGCGACAUCUACCUAUGAGAGGGAACUCUACGCUCUCAGGCAAGCGUUAAACCAUUGGAAGCACUACUUGCUUGGGAGGCACUUCAAAGUCUAUUCUGACCAUGAAACGUUACGAUGGUUAAAGACACAGGCCAAGAUGACACCUAAGUUUACUAGGUGGGCCGCAGAGAUAGACCAGUACGACUUCGAGCUCAAACCUGUCAAAGGGAAGUACAACGUAGUCACGGAUGCUCUGAGUAGAAGGGCGGAUUACUUUGGGGCGAUAGUGCAUUAUCUUGAUAUAGGGAAGGACUUGCAGCAGAGGGUUAAAGAAGCGUACGCGCAGGAUCCUAUCUAUAGUGACCUCGAUGAAAAGUAUGACAUCGAUAGCAUAGUGGCUGAAGACGUAUUCAGAACUGGAGGUAGGGGUCGUCCACUGAAACAGUAUAAGGUUCAUUUUAGCUAUCAAGAACCGGAAGACGACCACUGGUUUACAAGGUCUGAACUUCUAGAAAAACCUCCCGAUAUAGUCCGAGCCUACGAGAGACAGCAGAGGGGUAAAGGUCCUGCCUUGGACUUAAAUUUUCUCGGAGGACCUCGAAUUUAGGCCAGCGGGAGUGAAACGGUAUUCACCAGUUCGCAGUAGCGAAUGCAGAUCCCAG